CAUUUGCUUCCUUGCCCAGCGUGCAUCAAAGGCUGCCAGUUUGAAUAUCCGCCGCUUCUCUUAACCAUUAUCACAGAGCAGACCCAUGCGCAGCUGUCAGAGGGGGACAGAGACGUGUCUCAACUGGUCAGGACUGAGAUACACACAGCACACAGCGUGCAGUUCACAGGAGCAGCAGAGGGUCACUGGUCAGAAAUACAUAGGCAAGCCCAGCAUCCUGCUCAUGGAAGAGCUGGACGUGUCGCGGGGCACCAGCCCCCGCCACGGCCGCGGCCAGCCCACCACGCUCCGCUGUGGCUGGCUGAGGAAGCAGGGCGGCUUCGUGAAGACCUGGCACACGCGCUGGUUCGUGCUCCGCGGGGACCAGCUCUACUACUAUAAAGACGAGGAGGAGACAAAAGCCCUGGGGACCAUUUAUCUCCCUGGCAACCGAGUCACAGAACAUCCAAGCAAUGGGGAUGAGGCUGGCAAGUUCCUGUUCGAGGUCAUUCCAGGGGGCGACAGGGAGCGGAUGACAGCCAACCAUGAGACAUAUCUCCUUAUGGCCAGUACCCAGAAUGACAUGGAGGAUUGGGUGAAGUCCAUCCGCAGGGUCAUCUGGGCGCCCUUUGGGGGAGGGAUCUUUGGCCAGAAGCUGGAGGAGACGGUGAAGUAUGAGAGGCGCUACGGGAACAAGAUGGCCCCCAUGCUGGUGGAGCAGUGUGUGGACUUCAUCCGGCAGUGGGGCCUGCAGGAGGAGGGUCUCUUCCGCCUCCCCGGACAGGCCAACCUGGUCAAGGAGCUCCAGGAUGCCUUCGACUGCGGAGAGAAGCCCUCGUUCGAUUGUAACACAGAUGUGCACACCGUGGCCUCCCUGCUGAAGCUUUACCUGAGGGAGCUGCCCGAGCCAGUCAUCCCGUUUGCCAAAUACGAGGAGUUCCUGGCCUGCACCAAACUUUUCAGCAAAGACCAGGACACUGGAAUGAAGGAACUCAAAAACCAAGUUGAAAGUCUACCUCCUGUGAAUUACAACCUGCUGAAGUACAUAUGCAGGUUUCUAGAUGAAGUUCAGUCCUACUCUGGAGUAAAUAAAAUGAGUGCGCAAAACCUGGCAACUGUCUUUGGGCCAAAUAUUUUACGCCCAAAGAUUGAGGACCCUGUGGCAAUAAUGGAAGGUACCGUGCUGGUGCAGCAGCUGAUGGCCGUGCUGAUCGGGCGGCAUGACGUGCUGUUCCCGCGGGGGGAGGACAGUCCCACGGCGCUGGAGCUCUGCAACAACAACAACAACGAGCUGCGCAGGCCCACGGCCGGACAGCUGCUCAACACGGAGAACAACAACAGCCCCUCGGCCCACGCGCCCAUCAGGCAGUGCCAACAACAGACGCCGGACUUCCGCAGGCGCUUCGCCGCUGGACUCCCCUUGGCUCGCCCGCUGGCCGCCAGCCCCUCGGCCAGCCCCCGCAACGGCCUCGCCACCUCCUCGGCGGGCGGCUUCGAGCUGACCCGCAGCCCGCCGGCCGCGCUCAAGAAGAACCCGGCGUUCAGCAAGGGCAGCGGCAUCGUCACCAACGGCUCCUUCAGCUCGUCCUCGUCCUCCUCGGCCGAGAUGACCCAGGACAAGGGCCAGACCCUGCUGCCCAGCUGCAGCUCGGCCCUGCAGCAGCGGCGCGCCGGCGCGCUCAAAACCAGCGGCACCAAGAUGGGCACCAGCGGCGUGCCCGGCGGGGGCGGAGGGGGCGUGCGCAUGGGCGUGUCCAGCAGCGACGUGGUCAACGGCACGCUGAACGGCCGGGGCGGGCUGUGGCUUCCCAACGUGACGCUGCGUGAGGGCAAGGCAGUGCGCGGUGGCGACGGUGACCAGAGCGGCCAGCAGAACCGCCUGUCCACCUACGACAACGUGCAGCUGCUGCAGAUGCAGAUGCCGCAGACGCACGCGCAGACGCACACGUCCUCCUGCCUGAGCAGCAGCUGCGAGGACAAGCAAAGCGUGGACAGCGCCACCUGGUCCACGUCGUCCUGCGAGAUCUCGCUGCCGGACAACUCCACGUCCUGCCGUUCGUCCACCACCACCUGCCCCGAGCAGGACUUCUACGGCGCCCACUUUGAUGACGGCAUGCUGGACGGGCCCUCGCAGGAGGAGGGGGGCAGCGGCGGCGGCCUGACUCUGGGCGGUGAGCGGCCCAACGGAAGCGCGGGCAGUGGGAACGGCCGGGGCAGCCGCGGCACCAGCAGCAGCGACAACAGCGAGACGUUCAUGCCCAGCAACGGGCCCAGCAACCACAGCGCCCUGCACAGCCUGGUGGCCAGCCUCAAGCAGGAGAUGGUCAAGCAGAAGAGCGAGUAUGAGGCUCGGAUAAAGAGUCUUGAGCAGCGCAACCUGGAGCUGGAGACUGAGAUGGUGAACCUUCACGAGGAGCUGGACCAGGAGAGGAAGAAGUACACCAUGGUGGAGAUCAAGCUGCGCAACGCCGAGCGAGCCAAGGAGGACGCCGAGAAGAGGAACGAGAUGCUGCAGAAAGAGAUGGAGCAGUUCUUCUCCACCUUCGGCGACCUCACAGCUGACCCACGCCGACCGGACCGCGCCAACACCAUCUGGAUCCAGUAGAGGGGGGAGAGACAGUUGGACUGUACCAUCUGGACCCAAGACUGUUGUGAUCCAGUACUUUUUCAGAAGACAAAAAGCAGAAGGACAGUGCCAUAUUGGCUCCAGUGGGACAGAAGUGCACAGACUGUUGCACUGUGGGGAUACGUGUUGUCAGGAGGCUGUGGUGACCUGCCUACCUGUGGUAGACUGAGCCUUAUGCUAGAGAGAGAGAGAGACUCCAAAGGAACUUUUCUCCACAUAUAUCUUUGUGAUCCAAUCCAACAUGUACGCCACAUCUUGUUUCUGUCACGUGUUGUCCUGUAUCUGCCUGUGUAUAUUGAGCAAAGCAAUGUUCUGAAUGUCCAGAAGAAAUAUGUAUGUAAAAAAGAAUUAAACUAAGUAAUAUUUUAAUGUAUGUCUGGUAUUUAAACUGAGAAUUUAUGUUGCAUUUCAAUUUUAUAUCAAGGCUUUUCCUUGCACUUUUGUUUUUAUUUUCAUUGUGGUACUGACAAGAGCUCGUUGCUGGUUCUGUUUGUUUUUAUUUUCCUCGUGGUGUAUUGAUGGAAAUCAGCACCCUGCGGCGAUCCUCUCUGUGCCACUGAGCCCACCUUAUGACCAAAAACAGAAGAGAGAAAACCUGUAAAUAUUUUAUAAAUCACUUCAUUUUGUUGUCUAUGCUGACAGGUUUUCAGUCGCUCCGAGGGAUACGUUGCUUUCUUUGUCUGUUUGUUUGUUCUUUGACAGUAAAGGUUUGGCCCAAGUGCAGAAGUGUGUGUGUGUAGAGGUAAUGAUGAAAGUCUGUGAAGGUAAGAGCUGACUCGUCGUAGUUUUACUGGAACACCAAGAGCUGUUGUUGUCAGUGUCAAAGAAACAUGCACAUGUAUUCGGGGAGCGAUUGUUGCUUUCUAGGGAUGUUUUUAAUUCCUCAACCCAAAAGUUUAAGUCUGCUGUAGUGAAGUGCAUUCACAUGCAAUGAAAAUUAAAUUCUGUGAACAAUCCAUUUACAAA